AGCUCAUCCCUGUUGAAGCAAGCGGAUAUUUUAGGUCUUCUCCAACAUAUAAAUUCAACAGACUGGAGUUUUCACCAAAUACUUUAAAAUAAUGUCAAGUUUUGAGCAGUUUCACGUCGACUUUUACCAGUCUAAUUAUACCAUAGAGGACCAGGAAGAAGGUUGCAACAGCUAUGGCUCAGGCAAAAACCUCUGUGAAAGCAGAAAGAGCCAGGCAGAAAAGCAGCAUGCAGGCACAGCUUUUGUCCCAUCAGACAUGCUUCCGUCCUCUCAGAGCUACUCGGGUCAGAUUUUGCAGCCAGCGUACAGUCCUGACACUCCUUCUCAGCUUGGUUAUGUUGACGGAUUUGAUGAGGAACCCCCUCUGCUAGAAGAACUUGGGAUCAAUUUUGAGCAUAUAUGGCAGAAAACAUUAACCGUUCUAAACCCAAUGAAGCCUGCAGAUGGCAGCAUUAUGAAUGAGACAGACCUCACUGGACCUAUGGUUUUCUGUUUGGCCCUUGGAGCAACAUUGCUGAUGGCAGGAAAAGUUCAUUUUGGCUACGUGUAUGGGAUGAGUGCCAUCGGGUGCCUUGCCAUGCACGCGCUGCUGAACCUGAUGAGCGUCUCAGGAGUCUCGCACGGCUGCGUCGCGAGUGUCCUGGGCUACUGCCUGCUGCCCAUGGUCAUCCUGUCCUCCUCUGCAGUUGUCUUCUCACUCCAGGGGACCCCAGGAACUGUGUUAGCUCUGUUUAUUAUUGGAUGGUGCAGUUUGUCAGCCUCCAAAAUUUUUACGUCUGCAUUGGCUAUGGAAGGACAGCAGCUCCUGAUUGCAUACCCAUGUGCUUUACUUUAUGGACUUUUUGCACUUCUAACAGUUUUCUAAGAUGUAUUUUCUGGUAGUUUUCUCACAGUCUGUUUGUGGUUGUUGGAGGUGCGAGGGUUUGUUUACUUAUUUUCAGAUUGCCUAGAGUUGUAUUAAGUUCCACUAACAAAAUUAGGUCCUAUAACUUACUGUUUUUUUCCUAAUGGCUGAUAAUGAAAUAAAAAAAUCAAGCUAACAGGUAGAUGGCCUUAAAAUAAUGGUGUUUUGACAGUCUUACAGCUUAAAGAAAAAAGAAAUUGUAUUGAGAAGGUAGUAAAAGUGCAAAAAAAGAGAAAUAAAUUAUAAUUAAAAUAAAAAUCCUGUUCUGAGUAUUUAUAAUAUAAUACAUAUGCUUGAGAGUAGCUAGAAUGAAAUUAUGUAAAUAUUUAAUGGACAUAGUAAAUCAAGCAAAAAUGCAUAUUUAUUUGUUUUAAAAAACAGAUUGCCAUCCUUUAUAAUUACUAAUUAAUAUCUAGAAUUUAUAUGUUUGGGUUUGGGAUUUUUUUUUUUUUUUGCGACAAAAGACAGAAAACAACAGAGUGACCCUGUUUUGUGGCAUUGAAGAAUUGGCCAGGAACAAGCUGAUACAACAGAUGAAACUUAGGAAUUUUGUCUUUUUUUUUAUUUUUUAUUUUUAAGAGGUGCUAGUGUCAAAAACCCCAUUGUACUAUUUUUAAUGCCCAGUAACUUUCUAUUUUAAAAUUUUCACUAAACCACUGCCUGCUGUAACUGCAGGAAAGCACCAAACAAAGUGAAGGCAACCCCUAAAAAUGUCUCCUGAAAUAACUGUAUUUGAACAGGCAAAAUACAAAUCUCCAUAAUUUUAUCUGCCCCUCAAAAAUCUAUUUGCUUUUUUUAGUUUUAGGGGAACCAAACAUUUAUAUAAUGGCAAUAAAGUACAGAAGGCACAAGAUUAUAUUUUUAAAUAUAGUAUUAGAAAUACUAGCCAUCAAGAGGAAUGCAGAUGAGUGCAGACACAACAUAAAAAAAAUCUAAGUAUGAAGUAGAAGGUAAAAUGAAGGUAGGUGUAGAAAAAGCUAGGAAAAGUAAAUAGAUUAAAUAAAUGAAAAUGAGAGGGAAAUAAAUGGUAGCAGAUUAUUUCUUCAGUGUUUUAUGGUGCCUUUCUUCUUGAUGCAUAUUCUUAUGAUCCUGAUUAUCCUCUAUUGAUUGUUUUGAACUCUUUGUUGAAUUGUUUACAAAAUAUUUUCUUCCUAGACAGUGGGCCAGUGAUUCUGGGACUGAGGUUCCUGAUGCUGCAGGCACUUAGGCAGAAGCUUAGUAUGGCAAACUUGUUCAAGAAUACAAAAAAGUAAUUUUAUUCCUAAUCCUUUUCAGGCCAGAGGUAAAUUAGGUGAUCAGUUUGUCCUCAAGCUAAUGACUCUCUGAGUUGCAAGAGCCCUUGGUAAAAAUAUUUCUCAUUGCUGUCAUAUUUGGGUUUUUUUUUUUUUAAGAACUCUAUGCAAGCCAUUCUAGAAUUCAUUUCACUGAAUUCCAGCAGAACUAGUUCAGACUAGAGGUCACAAGAAAUAAACAAAAUGUAAUGUAUACUUAGCUAAUUCCUUAAAAAAUCACAACUAAUUUAUGGAGAAAACACUGCAUUUAUCCAUUUCUUUAUUGCAAGGCUAUGAAAACAGGAACAGAGAGGUCAAAUUGGAGGCAUGACCCUGGAGCAAAUUGUGACUAUAACUAAAUUAGGCAGGAUCUAGUUCCAUCUAAGUGGGAAUCGUGUGAAUUUGGAAGAUCAGCAAUUGUAAACAUGAAAAAUUUGGCCCUGCUGUAUCAGGGAGUAAAUUUGACAGUAAUAAGGCACAGAUAAACAUGUCAAGUGACUGCAGGGUAUGGAUAUAAAAAUCAGGCACUUUGAUUUACCAUGCAUUAAUGGCAUUCUCAUGUCUGAAAGGGGACAGAUUCAUAUGGCUGCACUAGUUGGAGAGUUCAGAAAAGGUAAUUUAGAAACAUUUAGAUCCAUUUUUGUCCUACACUUCCUAUUAUCAUUCUUACUGUCUAAAACAAGUAUAAAAUGGCUCUAUUGUGCAGCACUUUAUGUUUAUUCUCAUACUGAUCUGCAUGAUAUGAAUGGCAGGGGAAGCAGUGAAUUGAGCCAUCAAUUUGUCUUUUGAGGCCAUAGACAAGUCAAAUUACUAUAGGGAAAAUGAACACCUUGAAAUUUUGCCACAACAUUUACAAAGCAAAUGGUAGUUUAAUUAUAAUUUUAUGUUUGUUUUCUUAGAAUUUGUAACUUCUUCCUUUUCUUCACUGAGACACAUCUUCAUAAUUUUGAAUGCUAAAAUCUUAAUUCCAGUAAUUUCCCUUGCUUUACUGUUUUUCUGUGCCAAUUUUCUUUUACCUUUUUCCCAAGGGAUUUACAGAAAGUGGUACGUGCUGGUGCUGUGCUCCCAGCAUGGUGUCCUUCAGGAGUCUCUGUGCUGACUGAGGGUUUAAUUGUCUUAGAUGUCCUUCUACUUCUUUGAAACAAGAUUCCUCAUUAUUACCCAGCUCUCCUUUCUGAAGGUCAGCAUAUCCAUGCUGAUGAUUUGACCAUGUUAUUCUUGUGUGUAUUUCCUAAAAAUAUUAUGGUCACUAGCACAGACUGUUAGUUCAUCCAAAAAAAGUGUUAUUUUGAUCUAAGAUACGUUUAAAACAUGUAUAUUUGGUAAUAAGCUCUUGUUCUGACUCUCUGGACAGGCUUUCCCAACACCAUCUAGCUUUCUUGUAUUUUCUCUUUCUUGGGCACUCAUAUUUAACUCACUCAUAUCUUCCCAUGAAAGUUUAAAUACAAGGUUGGCAAACUGUAGCUUUCAACUUGAAAAAGAGAGAAUUCUAAAACGGUAAUGGGUCAUGUACUAAUUUUUAAUUCAGGCUUCCCAACCCAAAGAGUUAAAAAAAUUCAUGCAACUUACAAAUAAGCUUCAGAACAUAAAGGGAAAAAUAAUUAUGGUUUUGGAGAGUGAAGUUUUAUAAUCUGUCUUUGGUUUCUUGUUCUUCAUAGCAUGCACAUGAAAUGUUCUUAAUGUGCAUUCACAUACAAAAAUGGGCAUUUACAAAGGUCAUGUGGGACACAGGCAGUAUGGCAGAGAUGUAGGAGAAAAAGUGUUUGACUGCCUCCCACUGCACUUCUUGUGUUCCAGGCAUACUCAAGGUCACCCUCAGAUAAAAGCAUGCAGCAUUCUGCUGUAAUGUAAACAUUUUGCUGUUCUAUUGCAGCUAAAUGCAGGGGGGUAUGAAAGUGACCAUAUUCUGAGUGAGAGGAAACUAUAGCAUGUGGCUGACUAUGCAAGGGCAAUAAAAUGUUUUGUUAUCUGACUAGCAGCUGCUGACAAAAUGUCAGGUUGCAUCUGGAAACCUCCUCUCCCUGGCCAUUUCUGUAGUACCAAAAUUCCACCCUUUAUCAAAAAUCAUCUUGUCACAUGCCAUCUCUAAUAGGUUAUAAUAUGACCUUGAAUGGUUUAGCUGUUGGUAAGCUGAACUGAGGGCAGAAAGUUGCUGACACAUUGAAUUGGGCACAUGCUGUGGUUCUUGGUGAAAAAGCUCCAUUAGCAAAGGGUAAUAUUUUUCCAGUUUUUUUAGCUCAGAAGCCACAGAGGGCUUAUAUACAAAACUGUGAUCUCAUUUCAUGACUGUGUUGUCUAUGUCAUUUGAAAUGAGAAAAGAGAGCUCUGUCUUGAUUUAGACCUCUCUUGCCACCACUUUAUUUCAGUGCCUUGCUAAACAGCCAUUUUCAUAUAUUGGCAUUUUCUGUUCACUGAAAGAUCUUAAGUGAAUUUUACAGUAAGGCUGAAUUACUUAUCUUUAUUCCUACCAAUAAUUGGUAUAAAUGAAGUAAGAAUUGAAGAAAUUGUGCCUGUUUUAAAUUUCUUUUUUCACCCUUAUUGUAAAGAGCAUAUUUAGUGGUCAGACCAUUGUGCGCUUCUUCAUGCCUGGCAGAUAAGAAUAUAUGAUGUACAUCAGAAUAAAUAUCCAUAUACAUAUGUAAAAAUAGAGAUACAUAUAUGAUAGGGUGCAAGACACUGGAGCUGCAACAAGUUCUGAACAGUAGAUUGCCACUUUUCAGAGCAUAAUAUCAACUGUCUGUUGAACCAAGCCUGGGAGAUGAUGUAUAUCCUUCCAAAGAAACAGCAAUUGCAGCAUUUGAUAAGCCCUGUGGGGAACCAGUGCACAUAAUGACAAAGCUUAUGGUGACACGAUACAUGGUUAAUGUAUUUCCUGAAAGAUAAGAAAAGGCUACUGGAUCAGCACAUAAUGGGUCACUGGAGCAUGAUGGCUACAAAAGUCAACUGCAUAAUAAUGUCGACCUGCCUAGAUCAUUGUAAUAAGAAAUUCAUCUCUACCUAUGUUGGUAUCACUCAUGGAUAUGUUUCUUUCCAAAAUCUACUCUCUAUCAAAAUUUCACUGAUUCAUGUUCAGUUAGCCUCUUACCUGUUUAUUCUAAGCAAGCUGCAAGAGUCCUAUGAGCAAUAGCAUGACUUUCUUCUUAAACAAUCUCAUCUCCUCAAUGUUCCCAAUGGUGCAUUCUUAGGAGAGGUCAAAGCAAACACAAGGGCUGUGUUUUAGUUUUUUGCCAAGUGCUUUUGAAAGAAGAACAUCUGCAACAAUGACAAUAUGUUUGCUGUGGUUACCAAGCACAUUUAUUAGACUUAUGGUUGCAUCAUUAGCUUAAAUCUGCCCAGUGACCUUGGUGCUGCAUCACUGAACUAGAUGGACGAUGCAAUUCACAGUGAUCUGCGUAUAGUUGCAUAAUAAAACCUCGGCCAACACGUACCCUGUGCUCUGGCAGCAUUUUAGUUAAAAUUGCAGAAAAAAAGAAUCAUUACCCUUCUUUUGCCAUGAAAUUUAGUGAAGUGAUAAUGAGUGAGAAGAGGUCACAAAACAAUGAACACUCAUAGUUGUAAAUAUAAUAGACCAUAUGGGAAGCCAUCACUUUGUAGAGAACAAGGGGUGGAUUUUUAAAAGCACAAAGUUCGGUCAGUCCCAUCAAAAGUCAGAGAUCUGAGCUCAAGUGUCUACUUAGAUGGUUUUCCUGACAGCCUCUUGACAGGGACUCCUGAGCAAAGUGCAAAAAGCCACCAGGCUACCACAGACAGUGUACCAGAAGGCUGGUGACCCACAUAAAAUUCUUGGUAGACACAGCUGUAGCAAUAAAGUAUAAGAAGCUCUCUCAAUGUGUGGUUGCAGAAUGUAAUUCCUGAAUACAACUUUAUUCCUUUGGUUAUUUUCUAGUUUAUUUAAUCUUAAUCUCUGAACAUUGAGUGGCCGUAGCUCAAGCACUGGGAGCUUCUCAUCUCAGCUCUUAAUGUAUAAUAUGGAGUUUUACUGGGCUUUGGCUUUGCUCUUCAGCUUAAUAAAUUGCUGGUUGUUCUAAAUUCUGA